CUGGGUUGGCUUGGCCGUACGUUCCAUGUGUGGGGUUCCCCCGGGCAUUAUUGCUGAUACAGAAACCCUAGCCAUGGCGCAUGCCCAUCACCACAGUCAGCACUUCUCUCCCUCCUCCUCGGCUUGCCUCUCCUCCUCCCCCUGCUCCUUUUUCUUCUUCCUGCAGUAAUGGACUACUCGGUCUCUCCCACUGAGCACAUCUGCUACGUGCGUUGCAGCUAUUGCAACACAGUUCUUAAGGUUGGCGUCCCAUCCAAGAGGAUGAUAGACACAGUAACCGUGAGAUGCGGUCACUGCGACCAUCUCUCCUUCCUCUGCCCCAGCGACCAUCAGAUGGCUCUUCAGGAGACUUGCACUGAUUACAUCAGGGGCAUACCGUUGUCGUUGCCGCCGCCACCACCAUCAUCAUCAUCAUCAUUAAGAGAACAAAUAAUCCAAAAACCACCAUUUGUCACGAAACCUCCUGAGAAGAAACACAGAAUGCCUUCAGCCUAUAAUCGCUUCAUGAGAGAGGAAAUACUGCGAAUUAAAGCAGCAAAACCUGAUAUUCCACACCGAGAAGCUUUCAGCAAGGCCUCGAAGAACUGGGCUAGGUGUGAUCCUCGUCGGUCGACCUCGGUUUCGAUCUCUGGUGCUAAGAGUAAGCCGGCUUCUGUUCCUCAAGUGAUAAAGGAAAGCAGUUGCCCUAUAGUGGAAAGCUCCAGCAUUUACAAGCAAAUGGAGCAGAAGGAAUAGGUUCUCGAUCAGCUCAUGGAGCUCUUUCUCUUUCUCGGUGAUAUGCUGAUAUGGUGUUAAUUAUUAUUGUUGGAUCUUGUCCUCUCUCUAUCUAGCCAUAACUAAAUAUCUGUAAAGCUGUAGUAUUUCCAGUUUUAUGUAUGCAUUGCGAACGAAGAGGAAUGUACAGCUGUGGUUUGUAGAUAUGAAUUG